GGAAUUGCGCGAUCGGAGGGUAGAGGGCAGGGUCACCGCAACAAGCUUCGCUUAGCGGUGGCUCUGUCCUUGUGAAUCCUUCCCAUCAAAAGAGUCCUUGUUCAAUGUUAAUGACAGACAAUUAAGAGGCUGAAAAUCAAAGUUAAAUGUAUGCGCAAAGCUAUGCAUGGCCACCAGCUGGUUCCCCCUUACCGACUGUGGUUUUCUCUCAAACGAUGAGCCGAAUGCCGAUGCAGUAAGACCCUCGGGCUCAGACGUGCAACCCUGGUCUUUGGAAUAAGGACCAUCUUACAUGCUCAUCCAGCUUUCCAUGGGACUCCUGAACUAAUACUCUCAAGACUAUAGGAACAAAUAUCAAAUAAUCAUGACAAGGAGUCGGAUAGAGCUCGGUGAUGUCACGCAGCACAACAUCAAACAGCUGAAGCGGCUGAACCAGGUGGUGUUCCCCGUCUCAUACAAUGAGAAGUUCUACAAGGAUGUCCUCCACUCGGGAGAGCUGGCCAAACUAGCAUACUUCAACGACAUCAUGGUGGGCGCCGUGUGCUGCCGCGUGGACGUCAUCGACGGCAAGCGUAAGCUGUACAUCAUGACUCUCGGCUGCCUGGCGCCCUACCGCAACCUCGGCAUCGGCACCAAGAUGCUGGAGCACGUGAUGAAGUGCGUGGAGCAGGACGGCAACCUGGACAGCAUCUUCCUGCACGUGCAAAUAAAUAACGAGAGUGCAAUCAACUUCUACAAGAAAUUCGGCUUCGAGAUCGUAUCAACAGAGGAGCACUACUAUAAGCGGAUAGAGCCAGCCAACGCACACGUGCUAGCCAAGAGUCUGAAGCGGCCAGCCGACUCCAAGUGAUGGACUUUCUGAGGCCGACUCCUCUCGGAGCCCUAGUGUGGGUUGGCGGCUGUUGCGGCCGCGAUAUCGCGUGGUUCCCAAGGCGGGGGAUCACUUUCCUACGGUGUCCGAAGAGAUUGAGUCACCGCGGCGGUUUGGCAGUGGAUGGCGCUACGGACGUGGCUGGGCUGAGCCGAACAGACUGAGCCCUUUAUGGCGUGUCAGAGGGCUGAGCUAACACAAGGCCCACUGCGGGCACCCUGGAGUCUGAGCUGUGUCAUAUGCCACUGGGCGAGGCCCGGCUGGUCUUACGUGACGGGUGCAGCGCCGUUGGGCCGUGCUGAUCCAGUUCCGGCACAGGGAAGGGUUCACAGCCGCCAGCCGGUGUCGGCGGAAAGCAGACGAGCGAAGGCCUCGGUCGACGCUGGCGCCACCUGUAACUACUACCUGGUAACUAACUACCUGGUUAGCCCGACAGGUAGCGCCAUCUGUGUCUGCCACCGAGUGAGCUGUACCGCCUCCCCAGUUCUGUUAAUCGUGAUUUGUAAACAGAAAUACAUGCCCGUUGGACGAAAUAGUUAACACAGGAACCGU